CGAGCGGUGACUGUGCACGGCGGAGCGGGGAGCGCCCAGCCGGCAGCGGGGGGAGCCCGCGGCGCCCCGCACAGCCGGCAGGGAGAGGGGGCCGCCGAGCAGUGGGCACAGCACGGCUCGGCACGGCUCGGCACGGCCGCCCUGCCCCAUGCCCCAGCGGCGCUGAGCCUCCCGCAGCCUGAACAUGGCCACCACGGCAACGUGCACCCGCUUCACCGACGAGUACCAGCUCUACGAGGAGCUCGGCAAGGGAGCCUUCUCUGUGGUCCGCAGAUGUGUAAAGAAAAACUCGUCACAGGAAUAUGCUGCAAAAAUCAUCAACACCAAAAAACUGUCAGCCAGAGAUCACCAGAAACUUGAACGUGAAGCUCGAAUCUGCCGACUUCUGAAGCAUCCAAAUAUUGUUCGGCUCCAUGACAGUAUUUCAGAAGAAGGUUUCCAUUACCUCGUCUUUGAUCUGGUUACUGGUGGGGAGCUCUUUGAAGAUAUCGUUGCCAGAGAAUACUACAGUGAAGCAGAUGCCAGCCACUGUAUUCAUCAGAUACUGGAGAGUGUGAAUCACAUUCACCAGCAUGAUAUCGUGCACAGGGACUUGAAGCCUGAGAAUUUGCUACUGGCAAGUAAAUGUAAAGGUGCUGCUGUCAAACUGGCUGACUUCGGACUGGCUAUAGAAGUGCAGGGAGAGCAGCAGGCCUGGUUUGGGUUUGCUGGCACUCCAGGCUACCUCUCCCCUGAAGUCUUAAGAAAAGAUCCGUAUGGAAAACCAGUGGAUAUAUGGGCAUGUGGAGUGAUUCUGUACAUAUUACUAGUGGGGUACCCUCCCUUUUGGGAUGAAGAUCAGCACAAACUCUAUCAGCAGAUCAAAGCCGGAGCCUAUGACUUCCCAUCACCUGAGUGGGACACUGUGACUCCUGAAGCAAAGAAUUUGAUCAACCAGAUGCUGACGAUAAACCCAGCAAAGCGCAUCACAGCUGACCAGGCUCUCAAACAUCCAUGGGUCUGUCAACGAUCCACUGUCGCUUCAAUGAUGCACAGGCAGGAGACUGUGGAAUGCUUGAGGAAGUUCAAUGCUAGAAGGAAGCUGAAGGGCGCAAUCCUCACAACGAUGCUUGUGUCUCGGAAUUUUUCAGCUGCCAAAAGCCUUCUGAACAAGAAAUCAGAUGGAGUGAAGCCACAGAGCAACAACAAAACCAGUAUAGUAAGCACUGCAAAAGAAACACCCCCAGUGCAGACGUCCAUGGAGCCUCAAACAACUGUUGUCCAUAAUGCUACAGAUGGCAUAAAGGGUUCCACAGAGAGCUGUAACACCACUACUGAAGAUGAGGAUCUGAAAGCUCCCCCUCUCUCCACCGGGGACGGCAGCUCAGUGCUUGAAGGACGGAGGCACAGUGAGAGCAAAACACAGACUGAGUCCAUGCAGUCCCAGCUUUCUCUCUGUUUCUCAGCCACUACACAGUCCUGUGAAGAGAAGCUUCUUGCCUGGGACAGCCCAGGGCAGACAUUGGAGUUAGAGCGUGCUCGGUCGGAGCCUUUGCUAACUCCAGUAGUUCCCUUUGUACUUAACAGUGCACCGUUGCGUAAGCAGGAGAUCGUUAAGAUAACAGAGCAGCUGAUAGAAGCCAUCAACAAUGGAGACUUUGAGGCUUAUACAAAAAUCUGUGAUCCUGGUUUGACCUCAUUUGAACCUGAAGCACUGGGGAACCUGGUUGAAGGAAUGGAUUUCCAUAAGUUUUACUUUGAGAACUUACUGUCGAAGAACAGCAAGCCGAUACACACCACCAUCCUGAACCCCCACGUCCAUGUCAUCGGUGAAGAUGCUGCCUGCAUCGCAUACAUCCGCCUGACACAGUACAUCGACGGCCAAGGCCGGCCCCGCACCACGCAGUCUGAAGAGACUCGCGUCUGGCACCGCCGAGAUGGCAAGUGGCUGAACGUCCACUACCACUGCUCUGGAGCCCCUGCAGCACCUCUCCAGGCUAAGAAAAUGGCAGCAGCUGGAACAUCUUUCAGAAAUGAAGUGAGGGGGAAAGCAAAAGUGAAGGAGAGAGAGAGAGGGAGAGCAAAAGAAGGAGGUGGCUUGAGCAGCGGAUGGCUGAACUGUGCUCUGCAAAGCCAUGGUGGAAGUUAACAUCGCGUACAGGCUGUGCUGUGACUUCAGUCAGUGAGCGGUGACGAGGAGACCCCAGAGGAGCCAGUGUGAAGACUGGGGCGCAAGAGUGAGGAGGCGCUUCUCUUCCUAUUGCCCAGCAGACUGACUUCAGCCUGAGUUUCUUCUUAGAUUUCUGCACAGCAAGAACGUUAUGGAAAGCUGGUUGCUCAGCUGCUGGAUCCCAAAACAGACUUAUUUUUUUAAAGAAAAAACAAAAUGGGAUGUUGAUUUAAAACUAAUGGUGUAAGUAAGGAUUUAAAAAAGUGGGUUUAAGUGAAUAUAACUUAAAUAGAAGCUUGCUCUUCAAAGAUACAGGUUUUAGAAACAGCCACUACCUGGCCAAACAUGGAUGUUUGAAGCCAGUUUAUUUAAUUAAAAAAAAAAAAAAAAAGAAAAAGCGCUAAAAACAGCAUUAAGAGCAAAGAUUUUAGAGGAAGAGGGUACAUGUAUGGGAUUUUUUUUUUCUUUCUAGUAGCAUAGUUGGGAUCCACAGUGCUGCAGAACACGUGUUCCGUAGGAAGCAGACAAGAAACUUAGUGUUAUGUUCUUCAUGAAGACUUGCACAUACACUCCUAUAUGAGGCAUAAAUAGCGUGUGUUUUUUAUACUGAAAUAUAUGCACCAUAGAAUUAAAGGGGUUACCUGGCCUCCUGUUUGAUUUGUUUGAUCUCUGAUGAAAAAAGCAGUGGGAGCCAGCAGCCCCAGCCAGGUGCUCGUCCCCACCACUAACCCAUCUGAUGUUUCUAAGUGUCAUGUUUCCUAGUGUUUAUUUGGGUAAUUUUUCUAUUUUUUACAGUGAUGUUGUAACACAGAAAACUAUCAGAUCAGAAUCUCAAACCGUAGCUGUAGGACUCCAGGCCACCUCCUGGUGUUGCCUCUGGGUGUUAGAGGAUACCUCAUGAAGCAGAGGGGAAAGGGAAUUAGCACAUGUGAUCUGAUGUUUGUCCUUUGGGCCAAUUCAUCUUCCUUUCUUUUCUUUGCUGGAAAGGGAGUCCAUUUCCUUUAUUCAUUAGUUGGGGAAUAUGGAAUUGUUUUGUUAACCUUACCAAGAACUGAUCCUAGCCCCAAGCAGAAAACUGCCUUUCUGGUUGACCCUUUCAGUAACAGGGUUUGUCUUGACCAAGGGGAAGGACAGAGUUACUCAUUCCUUAUAGCAUCUGGGAUGGGCUUUUACCUGAAUUUCUGUCUACCCCCUAAUUAAUUUUUUGGAUCUUUCAAGGCAAUUAAUGUGAUUGUGUUGACAGCAUACAAAAUGUGAGGCAACCUUUUUACAGACUACGAAACGUAAGAAAGCUAAUUUGAAAUUUUAAUCCUUAUUUAACAGAAUGCAGAAAGUAAAAGCUGUUGCACAAAGUGUGGCUGUCUGCCGUGGAUAGCUGUCUGCUCCCUUUGUCAGAGAGGUGCUGUCCCACACCAGGAUUAGAUCAGCUAACCCAUGAGGAAGGAAAAGACCAUCUAUAUGCCCCAGGUUUGUCGGAGUAAAUACUCUUUUAUUCCUCCCUCCACCAUCCUAGGGAGGACUUGUGGGGCUUGAACCCAUAGGGGGCAAACACUAAAUGCUAUUACUUCAAAACAUUUUAAAGACAGCACUAAGCCAGAGUGAAGUGGAAAAACUAGAAGCCUUGAUAUUUUAUUCAGUUGUUGUUGUUUUUUAAGCCACAAAGAGAGAGCAAACAGGAGAUUACAAUUAUGCCAUUUAAAAAAGAUAAAUACAAAACAUUAUGCAUGCCUUCUUUAGGUCUGAUCUUCCUUGUCUCUUUACCUGAUGAUGAUUAAUAUGUAAAAAGAAAACCCUCUGUAUUAAGUACCUGCAUCUUUCAGAGAAAAUUUAAAAGGAAAAGAACUGUUAGUUUCUUUGGUUUUGCACAGUCUUGGAGACAAACUCUUUGUUUGUUUUUGUUUUGUUUCCUUUUUAAGUUAAUGAGAACCUUAGCUUUGUAUGGCCAUUAUCAAACACAGCUGUACACCUUUAGCAUUCUUAAUGUUCUCUUAUGGGGCUAAUAUAAGCAUCUAUAUAAUAUAUAUUAUAAAUAUCACAUUUUAAACAGGAAAUGGAAGGCAUUUGAUGCAGAAUUUUUGCAUGAUAUAGAAAUAAAGUUAGCUAGUGUUUGUUUGUUUGGUCUGAAUGUUGGUAGAACCUUCAUAGCUUUGUUACAAUGAAACCUUGAACUGAAGAUAUUUAAUAAAAUAACAUUUAAACAGUG